UAUAAAAUCAAUUAAUUAUAGUUAUAACUAUAUUGCUUUAUUAUCGCAAUAUUGUAAAUUUGAUUUUUUUUUUGAAUCCACCUUAUUUAAUUUUUUUUUGAAACUUUUUCUCGGAAGUUAUCAUUGAUUUUUUGAAGAUUAACCAAGAUGCCUCCUAAAAAGAAUGCCAAAGGAAAUAAAGAUCAAAAUGCAAAAGCUAAGCAGAAACAAAAAACCAGAGAACUUUCUGAUAAAACUUUUGGAUUGAAAAAUAAAAACAAAUCUUCAAAAGUCCAGAAAUUUGUUAAACAAGUCGAGUCACAAGCAAAUGAUGGGCUAAAGAAAAGACAAGAAGCUUUAGCGCAAAGAAGAGCUGAAGAAAAAAAGGCUGCUGAACUUGCGAGAAAAGAAGCUGCUUCUUUGUUCACUCCAAUAAUUCAACAAAAGGUUCCAUUUGGAACAGAUCCAAAAUCGGUUUUAUGUGCUUUCUUCAAAGAAGGGAUGUGUAAUAAAGGAAAUAAAUGUAAAUUUUCUCACGACCUAAAUAUUGCAAGAAAAGGUGCUAAAAGAGAUAUGUAUACAGACUCAAGAGAUAAAGAGGAGGAAAAAGAAAAAGAAGUUGAAGAGAAACAAAAAGACACUAUGGAAGAUUGGGAUGAAGAUAAAUUAAGAUCAGUCAUUAAAUCAAAAUUAGGCAACCCCAAGACAACAACAGAUAAAGUUUGUAAGUUUUUUAUUGACGCUGUUGAAAAUUGUAAAUAUGGUUGGUUUUGGACUUGUCCCAACGGUGGUGACGCUUGUAAAUAUAAACAUUCCUUACCAGAAGGUUAUAUUUUAAAGACAAAAGAACAGAGAAGAUUGGAAAGAUUGGCACAGGACGCUGAAAAGAAGAUAACUUUGGAGGAAUUUAUUGAAAAUGAAAGACAAAAAUUACCACCAAAAGAAAAACUAACUCCGAUAUCCUGGGAAACUUUUCUUAAGUGGAAAAAGGAACAUAAAUUGAAUAAAUUGAAUAAAAAAACAAACAUCAAUUCUCAGGGCAAGAAAAUAUUAUCCGGUAAGGAUGUGAUAUUACAAAGAUUUGGUGAUAAAUAUGUUGACAAUAAACCGGUUAAUGAUAUAAACAAUCCAUCUUCAACUGAUGAUAAUUCUAAUGAUAAUGAAGAAGUGGAAGAUGUUGAAGAUAAUGCAGAACAUGGAACAGCUUGGGAUUUAUCUGAGUUCCAAAAACAACUCAAAGAAGCAGAAAAAAAUGAAAAUAUUAAGGAUUGGGGUGAUGCUGAAAAUAUUGAGCUUUACUGGAAUUCAGAUAAUCCAAUUUUAAAUAAUGAUAAAGCCACAUCAACAAAGGUUAAUACAGAAGCUGAAUCUAAAGCUACUUGAGAAUUUUUUAAAUUAUAGUUUAUAUAUUAUACAUUAUAUAUCGAUUAAUUUUUAAUAAUAGUUUAUAUUACACGGUUAAAAACUCAAAUCUCCAUUUUUUUUUAUUUUUUUUUAUUGUGUCUUGUUUCAUUUCAUUUUAUUUUACUUUAUGUUAUCUUAUUUUAUUUUAACAACAAACAGAACAAUGAUAAAAAAUUACAGAAAGAAAAAAGUAAAACAUAAAAUUUGGAAGAAAAAGCAGCAUAAAAAGAAAUAAAGUGCUAAAAUUUGUAUAAUUUAUAAUCUAAUAAUUUUGGCCAUCAAUUUUUUUUAUUAUAUCCUCUCUUACAUCUUCAAUUUUAUACCAAAAUUUUA